CCCCUAUACCAAGGACCUAGUAUAGAAUAUAUGAUUCCAUUGCUUGCACUUUCAACUCUGCCAGAAUGGAAAUGUCCAGAAUACAAAUCAAUGCUUAAUGCAACCAACCAAUCAGAUAUUGAAAGAGAUCAUAAUGAUAGCACUCUACUCAAGGUUCAGCUGCUUGAAGGAAGUUUGAUGUUGGCUGGUAUUGUUCACUUCCUUAUAGGUGCUACAGGUAUUGUAGGAGUAAUGAUGAAGUUCAUUGGACCAGUCACUAUAAUUCCAGCAAUGUGUCUUGUUGGUAUGGUUCUCUUUAAAGUAGCUACAAAAUUCUCCGAAUCACAUUGGGGUAUUGCAUUAUCAACUGCUGUUUUUGCUGGAAUUUUAUGUCUAUACUGUGAUAAGCUAAAUUGCUAUAUACCCAGUUGGAAUAAACAAAAACACUGUCAUCUCAUGAACUAUCCUUUACACAAAGUGUUUGCAAUUCUGUUUGCCAUAAUAUUUGGUUGGAUUCUAAGUGACAUCUUAACCAAAGCUGGAGUUUUGUCUGCUAAUCCUCAAAACUCACAGUACUUUGCUCGGACAGACAGCAGAUUUCAUGUAGUACAUUCUUCAUCCUGGUUUUAUUUCCCAUAUCCUGGUCAGUUUGGUCCACCUAGUUUCCUAGCGUCUGCAUUUGUUGGUUUUAUAAUAGCUACGAUGACGUCUAUCAUUGAUUCAAUUGGGGACUAUUAUGCAUGUGCUCGAAUGUGUGGUCUCCCACCCCCUCCUAGCCAUGCUGUCAACCGUGGUAUCAUGAUUGAAGGGUUUGCCAGUUGUCUUGCAGGGGCCUUUGGGGCUGGACAUGGCACCAGCACUUAUGGAGGAAACAUUGGAGCAAUUGGAAUAACAAAGGUUGGAAGCAGACGAGUAUUUCAAAUGGUUGGCGUCAUAUUCAUUGUAUUUGGAGUCCUUGGAAAACUUGGUGCAAUUUUUGUGAUAAUUCCUUACCCUGUACUUGGUGGAGUACAAAUUAUCAGUUUUGGUAUUUUUAUUGGUCUAGUACUCUCCAACAUGAUGUAUAUAGAUAUGAACUCAUCUCGCAACUUAGCUAUCAUUGGCAUCUCACUUUUGUUUGGUUUAAUGGUACCCUAUUAUGUUUCUAGCUCUAAAAAACCUUUUGAUACAGGUUAUGUAGAAUUAAAUAACAUAUUACAAACAUUGCUAGGAAAUGCUAAUUUUGUUGGUGGUGCCUUAGCUUGCUUCCUUGACAACACAGUGCCAGGCACACUGGAAGAAAGAGGCUUCAUUGCAUGGCAAGAAAUAACUGUAGAUGAAUCAAAUGAAGAAAAGGCUGAUUCAUAUGGACUACCAUUUAUUAAUACAACCAAUAAGAAGUCUAAGAUAUUUCAGUACAUUCCAUUUCUCCCUGGCUACGUAUCUCCUACCUUAAGCUGUAGAUCCCGUUGUUGCAGACACAAGAAAAAUGUUGACAUAAACAUUGCUUAGCUAAAUAAUGUAUAACAUCUGACAUUGCUUGUUAAAUCUGAACUGUGACUUUGUUGACAAAUUUAAAAUUUACUCAGGAUGCAAGAUUAUUUAUCUGUAAUCUAAUUUAAUAUAAAAUGUUAUGCUGUAGGAAUAUAUUUUAAAGGACAUGCACACAUUAAAUGAGAAUUUAACCCAAAAUAAAUAGAGGCAGAAAACUACUAGUACUUUUGAAAACAAACAAUUACUUAGUUGACGUAGUUAAUCAUGUACACAUAGUUAUAUUGUAGAUUUAUUUCAACCUUUUAUCCUGAGUUCAUAAUGGACAGAAGUAAUUCUU